CACGGUAGUGCAAAUGACUCUAUCAAUUGGCAAUGAUGUCUCUUGCCCAUAAGCCUAAUAAAUCUGUCGCAAUUUGCAGAAACUCUUUCUUCAAUUGCCAUUACGACUAGCAUCGUUAACCUUUGACGAGUCGUUGAAAGCGUCUUUACGAUCCAUCGUCAUGGACAUACCAGCCGCAGCCAAUGCCCUCGGCACACUUGGGGCAGUCUGCUGGUCUAUCCAGCUCAUCCCACAAAUUGUCAUUAAUUACAGGCGCCACGAUGCCACCGGUCUGCAGCCUUCGAUGAUGAUGCUCUGGGCCUGGGCCGGCGUUCCACUGGGUGUCUACAACAUCGUUGAAGACUUCAACAUUGCCCUGCAGAUUCAACCCCAGAUUUUGACAUUCUUGAGUCUCGCAACUUGGAUCCAGUGCUUCUACUACCAAAGAAACUGGUCCAUCCUCCGCUCCCUCGCAGUAGUAGCCCCCAUCGCGAUAGCCAUGGCCGGCAUCCAAGUCGCCCUCGUCAUCGGUCUCCGCAUCGUCAAGGCCCGCGGCAAAGAAUGGCCCAUGAUCCUCAUGGCUACUCUCUCCGCCGCCCUCUUGGCUGCCGGGGUCCUCCGGCACUACUGGGACAUCUACCUCCAUCGCACCGUGCGCGGCAUCUCCUUCAUCUUUGUAGGUAUCGACGCCGCCGGGGACGUAUUCUCUCUCGCGUCCCUCUUUUUCCAGCGCCGGCUUGAUGUGCUGGGUGUCGUUAUCUAUGCGACUGAGUUUGUGCUCUGGUGCGGGGUGUUUGCGUGCGGCGGGUACUUUAACUUGUUGCCUUGGGCUAGGAAGAGGUUGCGGGCGAGAGAGGAGGCUGGGAGGUCGAGUGAGGAGGAGACGCCGGGCUCAAAUGCCGUGGCUAACGGCAUUGCUUUGCAUGAUUUGCCUUCUUCGACGUCCGUCUUCCGGACUGCGUCCGGAGACGAUUCUGGGCUCCGGUCUAGAACGGUCGCUUCGCUGUAAGCCCGGAGGAAGCCGACUGAAAUAUUCAAUCAAACGUCUGCCGUGGAAAGUCAAGAGCGAGGAAAUUCUGCGCCACCUUCACAGGCGUAAGAGACGAUAUCAACGCCAUCGAUGUCCCGGUGGAGCGCCGGCUUGGGGGAACACCAAACCCUAGCUUCUUCAACGAGACCGUAUCUGUAGGGUUUAGCAAGAGAUGUUGCAUAUUGGGGUUUUCAGCACAGGUACUUAAUUGGUCAGUACUAGCUCUAAAAACAUCGUAGUAUAGCACCAUAGUAUUACUGGUUCUUGUAGUAUGUUGUGUUUCCCUUAAGCAAUCCCUAUUUGCUCUCCUGUCUUGGGUUCCAUACCUACACAGCAUGUAUUAUUCUACGAAUCGAAUGCUUGAGUCCC